AUGGGUCGACGAGGUCAUAAAAAACAAAAAGCGUUUAAACGUGCUACAGUCGAUGCUGUUCGAAAAGCUCGUAUCGAAAAGCAACAAGGACAAAAUGGACAAUCAACAGCUAAUGGAGACGAAGCAACAGCAGAUGAUCGACCACGUGUUAGUACAUAUGACGAUAUUGUUAAAGAGAAUGCAUUAUUCGAAAAAUAUUAUAAGGAAAUGCAUCUUGUACCUGAUAAUGAAUGGGAUGCAUUUUUAGCAGCAUUAAAAGAACCAUUACCAGUUACUUUUCGUGUAACAGGUUUUCGUUCACAUGCAUUUGCAGUUAUGCAUCUUAUUCGAGAACGAUAUUUUCAACCAUUAGAAUCAUCUACAGCAAUUGAAAAACCAAAAGAACUUGUCUGGUAUCCUGGUAGUUUAGCAUGGCAAUUAAAUCUUAGUCGAAAUCAAUUACGUAAUUUUCCAGAAUUACAAAGACUUAAAGAAUUUCUUUAUGAACAAACUGAACAUGGAAAUAUUAGUCGUCAAGAAGCUGUAUCAAUGAUUCCACCUUUGGUUUUGGAUAUUCAACCACAUCAUAAAAUUUUAGAUAUGUGUGCUGCUCCUGGUUCUAAAACAGCUCAAAUAAUUGAAUGUCUUCAUCGUGAUGAAACAAAUCCAAUUCCAAGUGGUUUUGUUAUUGCAAAUGAUGUUGAUAAUAAACGAUGUUAUACACUUGUUCAUCAAGUUAAACGAUUAGAAAGUCCUUGUUUUGCUAUUAUUAACCAUGAUGCAUCGAAUUUACCUAAUUUAAAAUUUAAUGAUGAAAAUAUAUCAUUUGAUCGUAUUCUCUGUGAUGUUCCUUGUUCAGGUGAUGGAACACUUCGAAAAAAUCCUGAUCUAUGGAAAAAAUGGAAUCCCGGUCAUGCAUUUAGUUUACAAUCCAUACAAUUACGUAUUGCAACACGUGGUAUUCAACUUCUUGCACCUGGUGGUCUUAUGGUUUAUUCAACUUGUUCAAUGAAUCCUGUUGAAAAUGAAUCUAUUGUUGCUCAAUUAUUACAAACAUUCGAAGGUCAUAUUUCACUUGUUGAUAUUAGUGAUAAAUUACCUGGUUUACAAACAAUACCUGGCCUAACAAAAUGGUGUAUUAUGGGAAAAAAUAAAGAAGUCUAUAAUUCAUAUGAAGAAGUACCACCACAUAUGCAAUCUUUAGCACGACCAAAUAUGUUUCCACCUUCACAAGAUAUUUUAGAACGAUUACAUCUUGAACGAUGUAUACGUCUAUUACCUCAUCAUCAAAAUACUGGUGCUUUUUUUGUUGCUCUUUUUCGUAAACUUGACAAAACUGUUGAAGUAUCAUCAACUCAGGAAGAAACAUCUCAAAAACGACCGGCAGAAGAAAUUACAUUCAAUGAAGACGGAGCUAAUUUUAAACGUGCUCGUUAUCAUCGUGAAAAUCCAUUUAUUUUCUUCAACGAAAACGAUAUAACAGGUUUUUGGCAAGAGAUUAGUGAAUUUUUUGGUGUUGAUCCAUCAUUUCCAGCUGAUCAAAUGAUGACAAGACAUGCAGCUGAUAGUGGCCGAAAUAUUUAUUUCGUAUCCGAUAGUCUUAAACAAAUUGUUACUUUAAAUCAAGAUCGUAUUAAAUUUAUUAAUAUGGGUGUUCGUUUAUUAGUUCGAACUGAUUUACGUAAUGAUAAAGAUAAACGUUCAUUAAGACUUUCACAAGAAGGCAUUGCAAUUGUGAAUAAAUAUUUUACUAAGCGUCGUAUUGAAAUAGAAGAACAAGAUUUAAUAAUUUUAUUGUCACAUGCGUUUACACAUUAUGCUAAUGUAUCACAAUCAGUACAAAAACAAUUGGAAAAUAUGUCGCAAGAUUUAGGUAGUACAAUAUGUACAUUUACCAUAAAACAACAUAAUCUUGAAGUACCGAUAAUAUUUGUUGCAUGGCGUGGUCGUAGUUCUUUCCGUCCAUUUGUAAGUCAUUCAUCAAGAAAAUUUUAUUUGUCAUUAUUAAAUAUCGAUCAUUCGACAAUUAAUGACAUCAUUGAAAAAUUAACAAUUGAAGAAAAAGCUAGUAAUGAACCGAGGAUUGAAGGAAAAACUAAUAAUGAUCCGAAGAUUGAAGAUUCUUGA